AUGAAUUUCUCCAACAUCUUAUCAAAAGAGAUCAACAAGCGAAAGAAGCAGUCACAUAAAAGCUUCAACAAGUCCAAAAGAGUAAAACACAACCCAGACAAGAGUUUUGGACUACGGGAUGAGAGAAUAGAUAAGCAAAAUGAGGAUGGUGCUGUAGAAACAAAUGAAGCGAAUCCGAACGGUGUUAUCACAGAUUUAUCGCCAGAUGCUGAAUUUGUCUUGUCUAACCCCAGGAAGAAUGAAUUGAGCGAAUCCGAAAUCGAUGAAAAAUUGAAACAGUACAACGAAUACGACAGCAGCUUGACCAAGGACGACAAAUCGAGAAAGCUACAGUACUUGUUGCAAUUAGAUCUCCGAAAUAAAAAGUAUAAAGAUUGGCUUGAUCAGGAAGAGCCGUUUUAUCAAGACCCGCUGAAGCAAACCAUCACCCUUAAUUCCAUAAUCGAAGCAGAACAGAAUCAACGUCAAUUACGAAUCCAGAUCCGGGUAUACUUGAAAGAAAUCAUUCGAGAAUGGGAUUCACAGCAUAACAAGUCUGAUGAGGAUGCUUCACUACUAAAAGAAACGAAAAAAGGAAUUGUUAAUCUCUUGUACAAGUUGAGGAGUGGCAAGAUCCCAACAGAAGCACUCGUUUCAUUGUCAACUAUAAUCUAUUACCUACAAUCAAACCAAUUCAAUAAAGCCAAUGAAAGUUAUAUGAAAUUGAGCAUUGGUAAUGUUUGUUGGCCAAUUGGUGUUGUUAAUGUAGGAAUUCACGCACGAAGCUCCAGUCUGAGGAUCACGGGAAGUAAGAAUGUCAGUAACAUCAUGAUGAACGAAUUAACACGGAAGUGGAUCAUAAGUGUCAAGAGGCUCAUCAACUUCAAGGAGAGAAGGUACAAUCAGUCUGGUGUAUAG